ACAAGUUGUGAGACAUGGACUGGUUUUCUUGUUUUUGUUUUUAAAAUGAUCUGUGCUACAGAGCGAAGUAUUGAUUGAAGUGGGGAGAGAAAGGAGGCAGGGAGGCCAGCGAGGAGACAGAUGCGAAAGUCAAGGCAGAGUAGAAUAAGUGUAUAUAUAUCUGCACUUGGCUGAUAUUCUCCCUUUCCUGUACCAGACCUCCUUGGGGAACCAGGCAGAUCACGGGAAGUGUGUGGUGCAUGGCCUUCAAGGGCAGUGGUGAAUGACCACCCAGGUCCUGAAGGCUGCAAUGCUUGGAAUAAUAAGGGAGAAAUCUGGUCUCUGAGCCUGUUUUAGUGGAUUAAUAGGCCGCCCUCCCUUCACCACCGCUAAGGUGUGGGAACUGUCAUUCCGACCUGCCCUCUUCCUAAGGAUGAUCCCAGUGGCUGGGGUUGGGCAGAAGGGCUGAGAAGUUUUGAACAGAAGCAGCAGGGUGGCUGGGGACCUAGGUUUUCUCUAGCUAAGGCCCUUCCCUAAAUCUUCCUCUCUUACCCCAUUUUCCUCCCCUCAGCAAUCUUCACAAUUAUCUUGGGGCCCUGUCCUAUCGCUGCCGACCCCUGUCACUUGAAAAUUCCCUCGAUCAAUCAGUUGAUAGCAUUUAUUGAACACUUUACUGAGCGUGUGGGAGAGUGCAGUUGGAUAGACUCGAUCUUUGCGGGCAGGGAAAAUAAUCUAUCAACUGCUGUAUUGUACUCUACUAGAGUACAGGAGCGUUGUUCUAAAUCAGAUAGUGAUUGAUUUAAAGAAUGGAUCUGCCGGGAUGGAGGCCAAACCUUAACACUCCUCAUUUCAGGGGUAGUCACUGAUGUGAUUUCCUGAGAGUAAUCCAAACUCUACUGUCAUAGCGUAACCACGUUCCAGCCCAGCUAUGUGACCAAAUUCUUUGGCCUUGCCUGACCUUCCUCCAUGGGCUGAAAAUUAGGGGUGAAUGGGCCUAUUAAACUCCUCCAUGAAGCAUGUACAGUGGAACUUGAAGGUCUGCCAGAUAGUCUCCCCUUGCAAACUAUUGGGUGAAAAUUGGAACGAUGUCUUAAGGUCUGGGCAAUUGUUCUGCUGCUUCGGUUAACUUUUUAAGGUUUACAUGCCGAACCUAUAUUCCUUACAAGCGGCCUGGAUCCUAACAGGCUCGCUGCUCUACAACUCUUGACACGCUUUGGGUCCCUCUCCUGCUCCCAGAGAACACUCACCUAGUCCCUCUUGGCUGUUUGGCUCAGGUCUGUGGCAUGGUCCCACUUUAUCUUGGUGUUUCUGGCCCAGAAAACCAGCUAAGGAUUAACUGCAAAGGGAAAUCCUUUUGAGUUGUUGUGUUCCUAAACAGAAAGUGGAGGGAGGAAGAAGACUUGGAGAAGCUGGGAAUAUCGGGUCUUCUGAUUAAGCAAGUAGAGGGAGUUGGUGUGGUCAAAAUGGGUUAAAUCCAAGUUUUCAACUUGGGUUUUAGGGCCAGCAGAUGAAGACCCAUCAGACCCUUCCCGGUGUCACAAGAGUCGAAGGCGGUCCUCCAAACUGUCCUGGGGAUGGGGGCGAAGUGAGAGCGAAGAGAUGCCGGACGGAAGAAACCAGUAUCUGUGAGAAAUGCUGCGCGGAGUUCUUCAACCUCUCAGAGUUCCUGGAACACAAGAAAAAUUGCACUAAAACUGCCCCCGUGCUGAUCAUGAAUGACCCCGAGGGAGCGAUCCCCCCGGAAGCCUUCCCGGAAGCUGCCCCUUCGGAGGGUUUCCCCCUGGAGCAGCUGGAAGAGCAAAGCAAUAAGGACAGUCAGGCAAAGGGUUGCACUGGUUCUGUGGAGAAAAAGGAGAAGACCGGCGUGGAGGCGGGGGUGUAUUUAAAAACCGAGCCGGCCGCCGCCACGGCGGCCCACGGGAUAAGCUAUUUACCGAAAGGCAAAGUACCCAACACUAACGUGACUCUGCAGACGCUGAGGGGCACCAAGGUGGCCGUGAAUCAGCGCAGCUCGGAUGCCGUGGCCUCGUCGGCCCCGGGCCUCGGCGCCAUCCCGAUGAUCCUCGAACAGCUCGUGUGUCUACAGCAGCAGCAGCUUCAGCAGAUCCAACUCACGGAGCAGAUCCGGAUCCAGAUCGCCAUGAUGGCCCCUCACGCCCUCCACCCCGCCAUCGCCACUGCUGCUGACCCACUGAAAACUCUGGGUGCUCACAUGUCCCAGCAGCUCUCGGCUGCCGUGGCCUUGAUCGGCCAGAAAGCCGGAAGCCAGAGUCUGUCGCUGGAAUCCUUGAAACAAGGCAAGCUACCUCACGCGACCCUCGGGAUCCCGGCUACUGGUUCCGUUGCCCCUGGGCUGUCGUCUUUUUCCCUAAAGCCGGACGGCAACAGGGGCCUAGCCAAUCCCAUCUCUCGCCUUCCGAACCCUUUACUACCUCAGUCGUCCGGAUCGGUCCUCUUCCAGAACCCGUUCUCUCCCGUCUCGUCCGUGCUCGACCCCUCCAAGAAAGGCAAAGGCAAGCCCCCCAACAUCAGCGUGUCAGAGAGCAAGCCCAGCUCCGAGGAGCCCUUCUUCAAGCACAAGUGCAAGUUCUGCGGCAAAGUCUUCGGCAACGACAGCGCCCUGCAGAUCCACCUCCGCUCCCACACCGGGGAGAGGCCCUACAAGUGCAACAUCUGCGGCAACCGCUUUACCACCAAGGGGAAUCUGAAGGUUCACUUUCAGCGCCACCGGGACAAGUACCCCCAGAUCAAGAUGAAUCCGUACCCGGUCCCGGAGCAUCUGGAUAACGUGCCCACCAGCAGCGGCAUCCCUUUUGGGAUGUCCGUGCCCCUGGAUGAGUCCAACCUGAUCGUGGAUAGCAAGCCCGUCUCGACUCCGGUGCCGACCUCCGUCGGCUUGCCUCCGAACCUCUCCGCCCUGAGUGGCCUCAGGGACCCCCUGGGCGGAGCCUUACCCAACGACCCGCAACCCCGACCCUCCCCGGGGAGCGAAGGGGGCUCCUCGUCGUCCGGGGCGGACCAGAACGCCAGCUCCCCGCAGGCCGCCGGCCACGCGGGCGGCUUCCAGGGGAGCGGAAGCAGCGACCAGGGCUCCGAGACCCUGAAGCUCCAGCAGCUGGUGGAGAACAUCGACAAGUCCACCACCGACCCCAACGAGUGCUUGAUCUGUCACCGGGUGCUGAGUUGUCAGAGCUCCCUGAAAAUGCAUUACCGCACUCACACGGGCGAGAGGCCGUUCAAGUGCAAGAUCUGCGGCCGGGCCUUCUCCACCAAGGGCAAUCUUAAGACUCACUAUGGCGUCCACCGGGCUAACACCCCCUUAAAGAUGCAGCAUUCCUGCCCCAUCUGCCAGAAGAAGUUUACCAAUGCGGUGAUAUUGCAGCAGCAUAUCCGCAUGCACAUGGGGGGGCAGAUCCCCAAUACGCCCAUGCCCGAGAGCGCCGGCGAUCAGGCCGAUCUGGAACCCACGGCGGCCAGUGAGAAAAACGGGGAUACCGGUACCGGCUUUCCCGACGAAACCAUAGAAAGCAUAGAUAUGGAUGACUUCGACUCCCAAGAUGCCCCCAGCAGCUCAUCCAAACCACCAACUCCUUUUCCCGACGGGCAGUCGGAGUCUCUGGCCUUCUCCGGUAUCGCUGCACUGGACCCCCAGGUGAAAGCGGCUACCCCCUCGCUGGGCCUGCAACGCCAGAGCAGCCUCAGGUCCAGUGAAAAUGGCUCCGCGGAGAGCGACGGCUUGACGAACGACUCCUCCUCGGUGACGGGAGAUCAAGAGUACCAGAAUGGCAGGAGUCCCGAGGCCUCGGAAUCCGUUCUGUUCCAAGCGCUCUCUCCGGCCAACAGCCAGUCGGAAAGCAUUAGGUCCAAGUCGCCCGGCUUUAACAAUCAAGAUGACACUGGAAGUAAAACUGAUGGUCCUGAGAACAAUCCGCCAGAAGUCGAAGGGGACGGAGCUCUGGAUCUGACCUAUGGCAAUAUUGGCCGAAAGAUAAUCAAAGAAGAACCCGGGUUAAAUUUUGCAAAUGGCGAGUAUGGACGGAGUAGUAUUCCUGCUACUUUUGUCAGAGCUCCUCCCGCACUGAUAAAGGUGGAAGUCCCCGGUGAGCGCCCUUUGGGCAGUAGCCAGUUCAUUGGACCGCCUGCCCUCUCCCCUGGAGUCCCACCUCUGCUGGCACCCCCUCCACGGCGUACGGCGAAACAGCACAUCUGCACUACGUGCGGAAAGAACUUCUCUUCGGCCAGCGCCCUCCAGAUCCACGAACGGACGCACACCGGUGAGAAGCCGUUUGCGUGUACCAUUUGCGGGAGAGCAUUUACGACCAAGGGAAACUUGAAGGUCCACGUUGGGACUCACAUGUGGAAUAACUCUGCCCGCCGUGGACGAAGAUUGUCUAUCGAUAAUACCAUGGCUCUCCUUGGAAAUGAUCCUAAGAAGGCAUCUGAGAUAUUCCCAAAGGAUAUAGUUCCUCCGUCGGUGAAUCUAGAUCCUACAGUAUGGAACCAGUAUGCAGCAGUGCUGAGCAAUGGCUUAGCAAUGAAGACUAAUGAGAUCUCCGUGAUCCAGAGCGGUGGUAUCCCUACCCUUCCGGUUUCCAUCGGAGGUGGUUCCGUAAUGAAUAGUGCUUCGGUCUCCAAAAUAGAUGGGUCCCAGUCCGGAAUGAGCUCUGAAAUAGAGAAAACUGGAGCAACUGACAAUGUGCCAAAACACCAAUUCCCUCACUUCAUAGAAGAAAACAAAAUCGCAGUCAGCUAAAACAAACCCAAAGGUGAAAUGCAGAGCCAACAUACAUAUCUUUUUUUUUUUUUUGUCACACUUUGCUACAAGAUUAUAUAUAUAUAUAUUUUUUUCCCUUACGAUGUGCAAAUGGUUUUAUGGUUGUCAUCUACUCUUGGACAGCUCUACAAUCAUGAUGUUGCUUUGCAAAAAAAUAAAUAAAUAGGAGUCCUAUUUGGAAAGAUGCGGGUCUUGCAAAGUAGCUUUGUUAUGACUUAAAACUAUGUACAGCCUUAACACAAGCUAAAGAAUGGCCACUUCACCUCCUUUUAAAGGUGGAGUUUUUGCAUGAAAAUUUGAGACAACCACUAAUGGUAAUGGAAAUCUCUAUGUACUGAUGAAUAUGUGGAAACUGUUUAUGCGGGUAAAUAUUGUAGAAUGUGUGCCAUCAUUUUUAAGGUUUGAACCAUGCCCCCUUCUCUCUUCGCCUCCCUCCUCCCCCUUCCCUUUGAAUGUAAUUUUUACUCUGGUUGCAGAAUUACCCAAUUCCUUCAACUUCUGCCUACAAAGCAAGUGGAUGCCACUGGCUGGGUUUAUUCCCAGCGUCUUAAGUAAUGUUUGGCUGCUGCUUAUUUAAAUACAAUUCAGUUGGAAGCCGGGAGAGUGUCUAAGCUCUCUGAGGUUUCUUACCACUUGCAUUUUUCUUUUCCUUGAACACCCAGCGUCAGGACCUUUUUUAUAUGGGUUUGUCUGAAAGGAAAAGAAAAAAAACACGGGAAGGAUCUACCUUGGGAGGUUAGGUCCAAACAUUUCUGCAAGGUAUCUCAGGUGACCUGUUGAAACUUGGCAAUGUUUUGUUUUUGUUUUAUUUCGAAGCCCGUUUCCUUUGCACGGGGAAACCUUUCCGGGAAGUACAUGAAACUGUAAUUAAAGCGAAAAUCGCUUAUUGUGUGGUGUGGUGUAUUUUUUGUUUUUUUGUUGUUAAUCGGUAGCAUUCCUACUUUAAUCAUUUUGUUCCUUGGUGACUUGCACCAAAGAAUAAUGAUGACCCAAAGUGUAUUGUAUGAAGGUUAUAGGAGCAGGAGGAGAUGAUCCUCUGGAGUCUAAGCUUAAGUUAUCUACCUCAUUUUUUUUUCUCUAUAGCUGUAGUGUCUAUUUUUCUAUAAAUAUGACCACUGAACUGAAAUUUAAGCAGUUGUUCCCAUGCACUAUGUUAAACUGAAUGUUGAUGUACUGUGGGAGCAGCUGGUCAAGGACUCUUCCAUUUUCUUGUAUCUGCUGGUUCUGUACAUGUAAUAAGGUGUAAAGUUAAAAGAUUUAAGCAAUGUUAUUAAAGACUGAACGAUGAUUUGGGGGGAGGGGAGGGGAUUUGAAGAAAGGGAAGUUUGAUUUCUGUUUGUAGGAAGUCUCCCUUCAGGCAGUCUCAACAGUGGAAGGCCAAAGCUGAACUGCAGAUCAAGAUUACGAAUGGUUUAUGUAAUGUUGUUGCACCUGAUUCUUGCUUAUGAUCAAUUUUUUGCCAAGUUGUGCCUUUCCUGCUGGAUCUGUAAGUAAGAACACAACAGUACCUGUUUACACUGUGAAAUGGAUAUUGUUACAGAGAACACCAAAGGCAUCACUAGUGUCAAGUUCCUGCAUUGUGAAUGUAUAAGACAAACUUUGUAGUCUGUGUACCUACUGAUGCAUUUUUGUUAUCAUUUUGAAUAAACUUGGGAUGGCUUUUUCACACGG